GGUACGGCUGGAUGUAUAUGUAAUUUGCCCCUAGAUCUUACUUUCCCCUCUACCUGGCCCGGAUCGCCUACUUCUUCUAAUCCAAAACCCCGUCGUCCACGGCAUCUCGCCAUUGCCGGGAAAAGAAGCUUCACUCCAGGGUCCGCACCUUCCGCUUCUAUCCGCCGCCCGCCAACACCACCGACGGCCGAUUUCUCCCCAGAUGGCAUUAAGAGGUGUUUGGCAACUUCAGAAGCUGGUGGUCAGCUAUUCUGACUGGGGAGGCAGUAGCAGGGGUUUAAGGGCAUUUAUGGAGUCUCAUCUGCCAGCAUUCAAGGACAUCAAUCCUCAGCUGGAAGUGGUAACCGAGCUGAAUCGCGGGCAACAUCCAUACUUGAAGGGAUUAUACAAAAACAAGAAUGAGCGUGUUGUCUCGGUUAAAAACUUGACCCCGGAAGAAAUUCUGUUACAAGCAACAAGGCUAAGGAAUUCACUGGGGAGAAAGGUGGUGAAGAUGAAGACUAGACAUGUCACCAAACACCCAAGUGUCCAAGGCACCUGGACUACAGAUUUGAAGAUGUAAGACCAAUGUUUCAAGGUACGAUAAUGACUAUUUUGCCCCNAAACUAAUGUGAAGCCACUAAAACUCAUACUGGCUUUCUUGGAUGAUCAGAAAACAAGAAUGAGCGUGUUGUCUCGGUUAAAAACUUGACCCCGGAAGAAAUUCUGUUACAAGCAACAAGGCUAAGGAAUUCACUGGGGAGAAAGGUGGUGAAGAUGAAGACUAGACAUGUCACCAAACACCCAAGUGUCCAAGGCACCUGGACUACAGAUUUGAAGAUGUAAGACCAAUGUUUCAAGGUACGAUAAUGACUAUUUUGCCCCCCCCCCCCCCGUUUGAGUGCAAAACUCGAUAAGAUCUAUCUAUGUGAUCUAAACCUGCUCUUUUUUUUUUCUCGACUCGUAUUUAUUAUGAAACUACUAUCUUUACACUCAAUUUUAGGUGUGAACAGCUUUUGUGAUUU